GGCCGAGGAGUGAGGGAAUUGAAAACGAUGAGAAGAAAGCAGAGAAAAUUGACUGAAUGUUGAGUCUGCCUUGCUGUCACAUCAGACGAGAAAGAAGGGAAAGGGAGACAUGUCACUCUGUCAAUCUGUCCAGUGACCUGAAAAGUAAAAGCUCUUUUUCUCUUCCUUCUCUCUCUUUCCCUCUUUCUCUCACUUCAUUCGGACAAUAUCUCCCUCCCUCCCUUUCUCUCUCUCGGCAAACAGAGGCUGCCGCUAACCCUACGCAUGAGGAAGCUGGAUAGAACAGCCCGGUGCCAGACACAGUCCACGGUUGUCCAAGUCUGUAUUAUCCACGCUCUCUCAACAUGGUGAAGAUGUAGUCUGUUUGAUCUCCAUGGAGAUGUCUCCAAACACAGGUUCCUCUCCCUUGUUGCUAUGGUUAUUGUGGUUGCUAGUCUUCAUGACCAACAUCAUUCAGACAACGGACUCUGCCCCCACAUCUGAAACUUCUCUGCUGGUCAAUACCACAUUGUUGUUUGAAAGUGGAGCCCCAGGCUACACCCUGCAGAACUGUAGCUGCUCCACACCUGUACAGGAAUGCAAUGAGACUCUUGCCAACCGGCUGUGCAUAUGCCACACUGUCUUGCGCUCUGCUUUGACCCUUUCUGGGCUCGGAGAUCCCGGACGACUUACCGUCUGGGUAAAGGAUCUCUGGGUCCUGGAGGAGCUGCUGAACAGAAGCAGGGUUGGCCAUUUACAGCUGUCUUUUUGUGGAAUUAAACCAAUGGGAAGACAGUACCUCGCUUUGCUUGGUCUACAGACCCUUAGGAUUCACAGUUCAGCACCAGAAGCACCAUACCCCGAUCAGGAAAUAACAAUUUUCUCUGCUGUGGAGUUAGAGGCACUCUCCUUGGACCUUUCCUCGUUCUUUUUUGUGACCAUACUGGAUGUAGCAGUGCUUAAUGGGUUCUCUACCCUGAAGGCAUACAGUGUUGUAGGACCACAUGCUUACACUUUCUCCCAGCACUUUCCCCACCUGACCAUUCCCCUUCCUCUGCUAUCCUCUGCUACUCCCGAUGACCCCAGUGAGAAGGAUGCAAAGUCUCUGCAGAGCCUGUUCAUUACUUUUGUCUACUAACAAAAAGAUUCCAUUCAAGGGCACAGUUAGGUCUGCACAAGUGAUACACAGGAGUUACAAAGAACACAUCUGGAUGCUUUUUGUUCUUUUUUUGUAAAGAAAUAUAUAACUGACUGCUGUGCUGAAGUUGUCUUUUAAGUGUGGCUUUGAACUUUGACUGUAGGGACACAAACUUCCCUUUUACUGAUGGAAUUUCCUUAGGGACAAUUUCAUUUGUGUUACACCUUGGAUGCUGUUUUUACAUCCCUGAAAGAAACUGCCCAGAUAUUUCUUCUCUCAUAAGUGCACCGCAAUUUCAACUCAAAUGCAUCCUACUCAGCUGACAUCCUUUUACCCACGACAGUUUUGCAAUAAACCAAAAGUAGUGUAUUG